AUGAAUUUGUCCAUAGGUGGAUCAUAUGAAUAAUAGUUGAAGACUGUUGUAUUUGAUUCAGAAUCUAUGCCUAAAGAAGUUGUUAUUCUUGCAGAAUGGAAUCUAAUGUAAAUAAGGAUGGGGUGCCUAGACCAUCUUAUGUUUUUAGUGCUGACCCAAUUGCAAGGCCUUCGGAAAUAAAUGUUGAAAGCAUUAAGCUGGAUCUCUCUCGUGAAUUUUCCUUAGUUGCUUCAAGCACUGAGGCAAACAGUUUGGAAUCCAAAGAUUAUCUUCAGGUUUGUCUUCGAAUAAGACCAUUCACACAGUCAGAAAAAGAACAUGAGUCUGAGGGCUGUGUGUAUAUGCUGGACUCACACACUGUUCUGCUGAAAGAUCCUCAAAGUAUCCUUGCUCGGUUAAGUGAGAAAAGCUCUGGGCAGGUGGCACAGAAAUUCAGUUUUUCUAAGGUUUUUGGUCCAGAAACUACACAGAAGGAAUUCUUCCAGGGUUGCAUUAUGGAGCCAGUAAAAGACUUUUUGAAAGGACAAAGUCGGCUGAUUUUUACUUAUGGGCUAACUAAUUCAGGAAAAACAUAUACAUUUCAAGGCACAGAAGAAAAUACUGGCAUUCUGCCUCGAGCUUUGAGUGUAUUAUUUGAUAGUCUGCAGGGAAGAUUAUAUACAAAAAUGAACCUUAAACCACAUAGAUCCAGAGAAUAUUUACGGUUAUCACCAGACCAAGAGAAAAAAGAAAUUGCUAGUAAAAGUGCAUUGCUUCGGCAAGUGAAAGAGGUUGUUAUGCAAAAUGACAGUUAUGAUACUCUUUAUGGAAGUUUAACAAACUCUUUGAAUAUUCCUGAGUUUGAAGAAUCUAUGAAAGAUUGUGAACAAGCUAGCUUCAAUAUGGAUAAUAACAUAAAAUUUUCUCUGUGGGUUUCUUUCUUUGAGAUUUAUAAUGAGUAUAUUUAUGACUUGUUUGUUCCUGUGUCAUCCAAGUUUCAGAAGAGAAAGAUGCUACGCCUUUCCCAAGAUGUAAAGGGCUAUUCUUUUAUAAAAGAUCUACAAUGGAUUCAAGUCUCUGAUUCCAAAGAAGCAUAUAGACUUUUAAAACUAGGAAUAAAGCACCAGAGUGUUGCCUUCACAAAAAUGAACAAUGCUUCUAGUAGGAGUCACAGCAUAUUCACUAUUAGAAUAUUGCAGAUUGAAGAUUCUGAAACGCCUCGUGUAUUGCGAGUCAGUGAAUUGUCUUUAUGUGAUCUUGCUGGUUCAGAACGAAGUAUGAAGACCCAGAAUGAAGGUGAAAGGUUGAGAGAGACUGGGAACAUCAACACGUCUUUAUUGACUCUGGGAAAAUGUAUUAAUGUUUUGAAGAACAGUGAAAAGUCAAAGUUUCAGCAGCAUGUGCCUUUCCGGGAAAGUAAACUGACCCACUAUUUUCAAAGUUUUUUUCAUGGUAAAGGGAAAAUAUGUAUGAUUGUCAACAUCAGCCAGUGUUGUUUUGCCUAUGAUGAAACACUCAAUGUGUUGAAGUUCUCAGCCAUUGCACAAAAAGUUUGUGUUCCAGACACUUUAAAUUCCUCUCAAGAGAAAUCACUUGGACCCCUCAAAUCUUCUCAAGAUAUGCCAUCAGACAAUAAUUCAGAUAAUAAAAUACUAAAUGUAAAAAGAUCUACGAUUUCUUGGGAAAGUAGUCUGGAAGAUCUGGUGGAAGAUGAAGAUUUGGUUGAGGAUCUAGAAGUAGCUGAAGGAAACAGAAGUGUGGAGACUGAACUUACUGAUGAAGAGCUAGAUAAAACAUUAGAGGAUGACAAGGCUUCCAUUAGCCAUGAGGAGAAGAGAAAACUGUUGGACUUAAUAGAAGACUUGAAAAUAAAGCUAAUAAAUGAAAAGAAAGAAAAAUUAACAUUGGAAUUUAGAAUUCGUGAAGAAGUUACACAGGAGUUUACUCAAUAUUUGGCUCAACGGGAAGCUGACUUUAAGGAAACACUCCUUCAGGAACGAGAGAUAUCAGAAGAAAAUGCCGAAUGUCGUUUGGCUAUCUUCAAGGAUUUGGUUGGUAAAACUGACACUCAAGAAGAACCAGUAAAUCAAGAUUGUGCCAUGAAAGUUGAAACCAAAGAAGCACAUAAUUACGUAGGAAUCGAAGAUAUUAUUGAUUCUCUUCAAGAUGAUGUCACUGAUAUUAAGAAACAGGCUGAAAUUGCUCACUUAUAUAUUGCAUCUCUUGCUGAUCCCCAGGAAGCUAUUGCUUGUUUAGAAAUAAAGUAUAAUCAAGUUAAAGCUGAAUUAGCUAAAACUAAAGAAGAAUUAAUCAAAACCCAGGAAGAGUUAAAAAAGAGAGAAAAUGAAUCAGAAAUUAACUUAAAUUCAUUGGUUCAAGAGCUUGAGAAAUCUAAUGAGAAAAUAAUUAUUCAGAAUCAAAGAAUUCAAGAGUUGCAAGAUUUAGUUAAUCAAAAAGAGGAUACUAUUAACUUCCAGAACCUAAAAUUUCAUGUGGAAAACACAUUUAAAAGCAGUGACAAGGCUGGUACAUCUGUAAUAAUAAACAAUAAAUUGGCUUAUAAUGAACCAGUUGAAAUGCAUAAGGACAACAAAAGUAAAACUUAUUCAGGAAUAAAAAGAUUAAACGAAAAUGAAUUUCAGCAAGAUGAGCCACCAGCUAAGAAAGGACCUGUACACAUUAGUCCAACUGUCACUGAAGACCAAAAGAAAAGUGAAGAAAUGCAAGAGAGCAUUUCAGAAAAUGAGGAAAACAUUCAAGUUGUACAAGAAAAUAAUGAUAAUGAAGAGCUAAAAGCAAGAUUACUCACUGUUGAGAAUGAACUUAAAAAUGAAAAGGAAGACAAAGCAGAAUUAAGUAAACAGAUUGUUGCUUUGCAGCAGGAGCUUUCUUUUUCUAAGAAGGAGAGCUUUUCUUUAAGUAUAGAUGUCCAACAAAUUCAGUCAACUUAUGACAAUGCAAUUUCUGAAUUACAGAUGCAGAGAGGUAUAAAUCAAGAACAGAAGGAAAAGAUCAUGAAGUUGUCAGAGGAGAUAGAAGUCGCUAGAAGAACCAUCACUCAUAAUGUUUCACAAAUAAAAUUAAUGCAAGCAAAAAUAGAUGAACUACGAACCCUUGAUUCAUUUUCUCAGAUCUCAAACAUAGAUUUACUCAAUCUCCAGGAUCUCUCACAUGGUUAUCAGGAAGAUGAUUUGCCAAAUACAAAGUUACACCCUUUGGAUAAUGAUUAUUUGGUAAGUAAGCAGGUUAAACCUAAUAGGGAGAGUUCUUUCCACUCUAGUAUUGAUGCCAUUUGGGAAGAAUGUAAGGAGAUUGUAAAGACCUCCUCCAAAAAAAGUCAUCAGAUCCAGGAAUUGGAACAACAAAUUGAAAAAUUACAAGCAGAAUUAAAAUGCUAUGAGGAUGAUAACAAGAGACUAAAAACAGAAAAUAAAAAUCAAGAUGACCUACUAAAAGGAAAAGAAAGUCUUAUACAGCAGCUGAAGGAAGAAUUGCAAGAAACAAAAGUUGGUCUCAGUGUUCAAGUACAGCAAGUAGUUGAGGGAAAAAAAGCACUUUCAGAACUCACACAAGAGGUUGCCUGCUAUAAAGUGAAAAUAAAUGAACUUGAAGCCAUGUUAGGAACUCAGAAAGUUGAAUGUAGUCAUUCAACCAAGUUAGAACAAGAAAUUUUGGAAAAAGCAUCUAUCAUCUUGGAACUAGAAAAAAAUCUAAAGGAAUUUCAAGCAGAUCAUCAGGAUUGUAUCAAAAACAUCAAAGAUUUAAAUGAAAGGGAAGUCAAGUUGAAAGAAGAAAUCACACGGUUAACAAAUAAUUGGGAAGAUGCAAAGCAUUCCCUUCAAUUAAAGGAAGAAGAAAAAGAAACCAACUGGCAAGAGAUAGAAAAAUUGAAAGGGGAGCUCUCUGCAAGCUCUGCCCUUAUCCAAAAUCUGAAAGCAGAUCUUCAGAGGAAGGAAGAAGAUAAUGCUGAGCUGAAAGAGAAACUGACUGAUGCCAAAAAACAGAUUAAGCAAGUACAGAAAGAGGUAUCUCUAAUGCGUGAUGAGGAAAAAUUACUGAGGAUUAAAAUGAAUGAACUGGAGAAAAAGAAAAACCAGUGUUCUCAGGAAAUGGAUAUGAAACAGCGAACCAUUCAGCAACUCAAGGAGCAGUUAAGUAACCAGAAAGUGGAAGAAACUAUACAGCAGUAUGAGAGAGUGUGCAAAGAUCUAAGUGUUAAAGAAAAAAUAAUUGAAGACAUGCGAAUGACACUAGAAGAACAAGAACAAACUCAGGUAGAACAAGAUCAAGUGCUUGAAGCUAAAUUAGAGGAAGCUGAAAGGCUUGCUACAGAAUUGGAAAAAUUGAAAGAAAAAUGCAAAGAUCUCGAAACCAAAAGUAAUCAAAGUUCAAAUGAAGAACUUGAGGGUAACACAGAUGUGCUUAGUAAAAAGCUCAAUAUACUUCAAGAUGAGUUACAGAAAUCUGAACAGAAAUAUAAUUCUGAUAGAAAGAAAUGGUUAGAUGAGAAAAUGAUGCUAAUCACUCAAGCUAAAGAAUCUGAGAAUCUACGAAACAAAGAGAUGAAAAAAUUUGCUGAAGACAGAGAGCGUGGUUUAAAGCAACAAAACGAAGUGGAAACACUGACAGCACAGCUGGCAGAGAAAGAUGGCAAGCUUCAAAAGUGGCGAGAAGAACGGGACCAACUGGUUGCAGCUUUAGAAAAGCAGCUGAAAGCACUGAUAUCCAGUAACUCUCAAAAAGAAAAUGAAAUUGAACAAUUGAAAAAAAGGAUCACAUCAGAGGCUUCUAAAACAGAUGAAUUUGUAGUUCUUGACUCUUGUGAAGUGUCAACAGAAAAUAAUCAAACUACUCGAUUUCCAAAACCUGAGUUAGAGAUUCAGUUUACACCUUUACAGCCAAACAAAAUGGCAGUGAAACACCCUGGUUGUGCCUCACCAGUAACGGUUAAGAUUUCCAAGGCUCGGAAGAGGAAGAGCAACGAAAUGGAACAGAGUACUAUAUUUUCAAGCUGGUGGAAGAGCAGAAGUAGUACUAACUAUACUCCUGAGGCUCUCCGUCAGGAGUUGGUGAAAUGUGAAAAUAAGAAUACUACACCCAGAACUAAUUUGAAGUCCCCUAUUUCUGAGCAUAAAAAUUCUCCUGUCAAAAAGGAACAAAAGGUUUCCUCACGGUCAUCAUCUCAUAAAACAUAUUCUUUACGGAGUCAGGCAUCUGCAGUUAAUGUAAACUUGACCGCUAAGAAAAAAGAAGGAACACUACAGAAAUUUGGAGACUUCAUACAACGUUCUCCAACAAUUCUUCAAUCAAAAGCAAAGAAAUUAAUUGAAACGAUGAGCUCUUCAAAGCUCUCGAAUGUAGAAGUAAGUAAAGAAAAUGUAUCUCGACCAAAACGGGCCAAACGGAAAUUAUACACAAAUGAAAUUUCAUCUCCUAUUGAUAUAUCCGGCCAAGUGAUUUUGAUGGAUCAUAAAGUGAAGGAAAGUGAUCAUCAGAUUCUCAAACGACGACUUCGAACUAAAACAGCCAAAUAAACCACUAUGGAGAAGGUUUUAAUAUAAAUUUUAUAUUCAUAAUCAUUGUAACUUGCAUCCUGACUUUAAAGAUAGUUGUAUAUAUUAUGACAUUAAAUCCUUCUGUAUAUACAUCACUAUUUUAUAUAUAGUGUAAUUUUAAUUCAAUAAAGAAAAUAAGUCAA